AUGGCCUGGGCCCCAGAGUGGAAAAGGGAAGAGCCUAAUUCAAGAGAUCCCAGAGCCAGCCAACAUGGCCGGGAUGGUAGAGGCAGGGGCAGGGGCUGGAGCAGCACUUCUAGCCAUGUAGAAACUAGGGCUUCUGGCUCCCGAGAACCACCACUCUGCUUUAAAAUAAACAACAGUAUGGCUGGUGUGGUGAUUGGUCGUGGUGGAUCAAAAAUAAAAGACAUCCAAGGUAUGACGAACACCAAAAUAAAGAUCAUAAAGGGUGAUUCUGAAGCAGAGGUAAAAAUUUUUGGCAGCAAGGACAUGAAAGCCAAGGCCAAAGCAGCUAUAGAAGCUCUUAUUAAGAAUAAACAAGGAGGUUACAAUUCAAGAUCCAGUGUUGGUAAUGCUGCCUCCCAACCCUCUGUUGGAAGAGGCUUAAGCAGAGAUAACACUGUUAGAGAAGCUCAGCCACUGAUAGACUGGGAUCAAAUAAAGGCCGAAGUGGUAGAGUGGGAAAAAAGAAAAUGGGCAGAUUUACCGCCAAUUCAUAAAAACUUUUAUGUAGAAUCCAAAGCAACCAGCUCAAUGUCUCAAGUGCAAGUAGACAUUUGGAGAAAGGAAAAUUUCAACGUAAUGUGUAAUGACUUGAAAGAUGGUGAAAAACGUCCCAUCCCCAAUCCAAUUUGUAAAUUUGAGGAUGCUUUUGGACCUUAUCCUGAACUUAUGAAAAGCAUUAAAAAAGCUGGUUUUCAAAAGCCAACACCAAUUCAAUCCCAGGCAUGGCCAAUUGUUCUACAAGGAAUAGAUCUUAUAGGAAUUGCCCAAACUGGAACAGGCAAAACAUUGUCCUAUUUAAUGCCUGGGUUUAUUCAUCUCAAUUCUCAACCAGUGUCUAGGGGACAAAGGAAUGGACCUGGCAUGCUAGUCCUUACACCGACAAGAGAAUUAGCUCUUCAGGUGGGAGCUGAAUGUUCCAAAUAUUCUUAUAAAGGUCUUAAAAGUGUUUGUAUAUAUGGUGGUGGAAAUAGAAAAGUACAAAUACAAGACAUUAUGAAAGGUGUAGACAUCAUUAUUGCAACUCCUGGGAGACUGAAUGAUCUGCAAAUGAAUAACUUUGUCAACCUCAGAAGCAUAACAUACUUAGUCUUAGAUGAGGCAGAUAAAAUGCUGGAUCUGGGGUUUGAACACCAAAUAAUGAAGAUUUUAUUAGAUGUGCGCCCAGACCGGCAGACCAUUAUGACAAGUGCGACUUGGCCAGAUACCAUUCGUCAACUUGCACAUUCUUAUUUAAAAGAGCCUAUGCUUGUUUAUGUUGGUACCCUGGAUCUAGUAGCUGUAGACACAGUGAAGCAAAAUAUAAUUAUUACCACAGAAGAAGAAAAACGAUCCCUUUUCCAAGAAUUCCUACAGAGCCUGUCACCCGAAGACAAAGUCAUUGUGUUUGUCAGCAGAAAGCUUAUUGCUGAUGACUUAUCAAGUGAUUUAAGUAUCCAGGGCAUACCUGUACAAUCCCUGCAUGGUGACAGAGAACAGAGUGAUCGUGAGCGAGCAUUAGACGACUUUAAAACUGGAAAAGUGAAAAUACUGAUUGCUACUGAUUUAGCAUCCCGAGGCCUCGAUGUUAGUGAUGUCACACAUGUAUUUAAUUACAAUUUUCCACGGAAUAUUGAAGAAUAUGUACACAGAGUAGGGCGUACCGGAAGAGCAGGGAAGAUGGGCGAAUCAAUCACACUUAUGACCCAAGAUGAUUGGAAGGUUGCUGGUGAAUUGAUUGAAAUUCUGCAAAGAGCAAAUCAGAGUAUCCCAGAACAUCUUCUAUCAAUGGCCGAACAAUACAAAUUACAUAAACAAGAAAAGGAAACAGGAAAAAAUCCAAGAACACCUCAGGAAAAAUUCAGAGAGUUUUACUGA